AUGACCAAGAGAUUCAAGCUGGAAAAGAAAUUGCGUGAAUUAUUUCAUCGUCGACCCCCAACACCACAAAGCUCCCCGACACAAAGGUCUCCGGCACAAAGGUCUCCGGCAGAAGCUGCCACCCACACCGUCUCUGCAGAGAAGCCUCUCCCGAAUGAUCAUGAGCAAUGCUCGGAACUCAACGACAAGCCUUUCAGCCUGUGGGAGAGGGCGGAACGGGCAUUAAAUGCGGACCCAAAUAAGAAGCGCCUUUUACAAUCUGCCCACGAAAUCCUUGGCUCGGAGCUAGGCUCAGAGCUUCUACCGAUUGGAGCGGCUGGCCGACAGCAGCAGUUAAGCGAGCUGUUUGAGCGGAAGACAAGCCAGCUGGAGAAGGAAAAGUGGAAGAUUCAGUUUGGUGACCAUGAAGUUGUGGUCCAGGAGCUUGCGAGAAAGGUAUUUGACGGAGUGCUGAGGGUCCAAGAGAUUUUCAAUUUGGCAGCCAGCGCCAGUCCACCAGCCUCUAUUGCUUGUGCUGGCCUAUCGGUAGUCUUCGGGCUAGCACUCAAGGCAACCCAGCAAGAAGCAAUUCUUUUGGAGAUACUAGACUACAACGCGGGGUUAAUCUCUCGCUUCAAAGUCAUGGAAGAUCUGUGCCGGUCGGAUUCAGCUGCACAAUCACCACACCGCAGCGAACUGGUGAGCAAGUUUGAGGACCAUCUGACCGUGUUAUACACCGCGAUUCUCGAGCUCCAAUUCCGCGCACUGUGCUAUCUACGAAGGAACACCGCAAUCAAAUUACUUGGUGAUGCUUUCGACUAUGAGGGGUGGGCUGGGACAUUGGACGGCAUCAGGGAACUUGAAUCUUCCGCCGAAAAAGAUGCUCAGACAAUUGGCGCUGCGAACGUGGAUGGUAAACUCAACGAGAUCCUGGACGCUCAAAAAUACAAUCAGGCGCGUCAGAAUAUGUUGGAACGUGACGAGGCGGCUCAAAAAGUGAUGCAAACGCUUCGUGAAAAUACAUGCCCCUACAAGGCCCGAAAAGAUCGAAAUAGUGACCGAGUCCCUGGGACAUGUGAGUGGUUUACCAAUCACCGUCUGUUCCAAGACUGGCAUGGAUCUCAGGGUUCGAGUCUUCUCUGGGUGUCUGCUGAUCCUGGCUGCGGCAAGUCUGUACUAGCCAAGUACCUGAUAGACGAGUUGCUACCAGCCACAAAGGAAUCUACGAUCUGUUACUUCUUUUUCAAAGAUGACUAUCCAGAUCAGAGAACCGUGACAGGCGCAGUUUGCGCGCUCUUGCACCAUAUUUUCCUAUCACAACCACAUCUUCUGCGGGAUUCGAUACUUCAAACCCUGAAUAAUACUGGCCGGGACUUGACAGAGUCCUUCAGUGAUCUAUGGUCAAUCUUUACCAAGAUUGUGGCGGACCCAAGUGCUGGGACGAUCAUCUGUGUACUUGACGCUUUGGACGAAUGGGGGGGCUCCCAAAAUGGCAAUGUGAAGUUUCUUGUGACAAGCAGGCCAUAUGAUCAUAUCCACCAGGAGUUUCGAGGAGUCCAAGAAGACCUGUCGACUAUCCACCUAAGUGGGGAGGGGGAAGAAGAAAUUGAACAAAUAUCUAAAGAAAUCCAACUUGUCGUUCGGAAACGGGUUGAGGAUAUUGGCCGCAGACGAGCCCUGAAAGCCGCGCAGUGCAAGCUUCUACUCGAUGAGCUCCUGCCGAUUCCCAACCAGACCUACCUGUGGGUCAACCUGACUAUGGAUGUCAUCAGCAGGACCCCGGGUUUUACGAGAGGCAAUAUCCGGGACGCAAUAAAGCAUAUCCCCACUACUGUCAAUGAUGCAUAUGAGAAGAUACUGAAUCGAAGCUCCGCACCGGAGAGAGCGAGAACAAUCUUGUCUGCUCUUGUUGCUGCAGCGAGACCAUUAUCAGUGGGUGAAAUGGCUAUAGUGAUGGCAUUCUAUCAAGCCCGCCAGUCAUCCGCUGAGAUUGAGGAUUACCUGGAAUCCGAGGAAGAUUUUCGAAGAACCCUUCGAGAUGUUUGUGGCCUUUUUGUAACGGUCAUUCAUUCACAAGUCUACUUGCUCCAUCAAACUGCCAGAGAGUUCUUGGUUAAAGCUGAAUCAGAUGUGUCUGUCGAUAAAACCUCUCCUGCCACCACCUGGAAAGGGUCCAUCAGCCGCGAGGACUCAAAUCGAACCUUGGCGGAAGUCUGCACAUGGUAUCUGGUUACAGAUCAGAGCGAGCCUCUGAAAACAUUCUCUGAGUAUUCUUCCAGAAACUGGCUUACGCACUUCAAAGGAUGCAACAUCAAAGCCGAUGACCCAAUCACAGAGUAUGCUUCUUGCCUUUGUCCAGGCAGGAAUAAUUCCUCAUGGGAUACCCCUCUCAUGUUUGCUUAUACUGCCGGUCUCACCCCUGUGGUAGAAUAUCUAAUCAAGGUGCACAAGAGGGGCCUAGACUCAAGAAGUCCUACUGGUCGCACACCUCUAGCAUACGCUGCGCAAAAUGGAGAUGUGGAUGUGGUUAGAAUGAUCCUUGAUCAUGUUGUGGAAACCCCUUCAAAGAAUGUCGACUGUGCUGCACCACUAUGGCUGGCUGUAGUAAGAGGGGAUAUCAAUGUAAUUCAACUAUUUCUGGAUUAUGGGGUAGACGUCAAUUUGACGAACGGAGCUGGCCAGUCACCAAUAUCAUUGGCUGCAAAAUUGGGGGACGUGAGAGUGAUGGAAAUUCUCAUCAACCAUGGGGCAGACCUCAAUAUGAGAGACAUAUGUGGCAAUACACCUCUGUCUAUUGCUUCAGGGCCAGCCCGUAAAUUGCUUCUUGACAACGGGGCACGCUGA